AUGAAGAAAUUCAUAAUUGGAUACAUUCUUUUGGUGAUUGUUAAUUCAGCAACACCUUUGAGUCUUUCUUAAUUUAAUUAAUGCACUUGUUAAAAUGCAAAAUAACAAGAUGAUUGUUUGAUUGAUUAUUGCAUUUGGGAUCCAAAUUAAUCAACUUGUUCAAAUAAAUCCUGCUCUGUAUUCAACAAAAAUGAUUGUCUUGGAGUUCCUAGUCCAUUUAAAUGUGUUUGGAAUUACACAUCAUCUAAGUGUGAAUCUUUUACUAAAUGUGCAGAUUAUACUUUCUCAAUUCCAGAUGGUGAAAGAUGUUAUGCUUUAUUUAAAUGCUAAGUUGAUGUUAAUACGAUUAAUAAUACCGAUCAGACUGUCAAAUGUAUGGAUAGAACAUCAGAUUCAGCUAAAAGUAUUGGCAGUUGUGAUAAAGUGCCGUUUAAUGAAUGCCUCUGGCUUGUAACUUCCGAUGGUAAAUAAUGUAUUAGGAAUACUCAGACAUAAGCAUGUGAAACAAAAUUAAUAACGAAAUGUUCUGAUUAUACAACCAAUGAUUCUUGUAAUACACAAGCUUGUUUUUGGGAAGCCACUACUUGCAAACCGUUAACUUGUUCUUAUUUUAAUGAUAAAUCUUGCAUAUUAUAUUUCUCAUUUGAUUUCAAAUAAGUUACAUUUUGUAACUGGAACGGAAAAAGUUGUUUAGAUUUAGAUACAACAACUUUAACAUAACAAUAAUGCUUAUCAUUCACCCUUUAUUCUUAUAUUUGGGAUCCAGAUACCAAGAAGUGUGAGGUUUGCUCAGAGUAAGAGGAGAGUUCUAGCACAGGAUUUCUGAUUUAUACAUCACUGUUGAUGGCCUUAGUAUUCAAUUGAAUUCUAUUAUAAGAACAAG